AUGCCAUUUUAUCAAGACUGGGUUAGUGAGUAUGUUAAGAAGAGGUUAGACAAGCAAUAUGUUGAAGGUCAACCAGUUGCGUCUAUAAUUACAGAAAGUAAUACAGCCGACCUGAAAAAUUUCGAUUCCUCAAAAAGAAGCAUCAUUGGCCUUCAACUUCUAGUGGCAGUGCUCAUAGCCACAGUCACUUUCGCCGCAGUCUUCACGCUGCCCGGAGGUUAUAACCAGGACAGACUCGACCAAGGAAUGGCGAUUCUUGCUGGCAGGGUAGCUUUCAAAGCCUUUGUGAUAUCUAACGUUACAGCGUUCGGUUUCUCAAUCCUGGCAUUGUUCAUAAAAUUCGAUGCUUAUCUCGUGAGCGAUAAGCUAAGGGUAAGAUAUGCCAAGGUCGCAUCAUAUUGCAUGUACGUUGACAUACUAGCUAUGGUGCUAGCAUUUUCUACUGGUACGUAUGUUGUAUUGUCCAGGAACACUGAGCUCGGAAUCAUUCCUUAUGUGGUGGCCCUAUGUCUCGUGACUAUGUACGUCAUCGGUGGUUUCCUUGACCCUGAAGCUCCAUUCUGGUGGUUUGAUUAUGAGAUACUCUAA